AUAAUGGAGAAAUUCAUAACUUUACUUAUCCUUGCGGCAUUAAGUAUAAGUCAAGCCCAACGUUAUGGAAGAAACAGAGGACUUGGCUACAAGUCUGAUUUAGACUGGAACAGAAGGAUGUAUGCUUAUCUUGUUCCUGAUCGUUAUGCUCUGUUCAUAAGUAGAGCGUCCGUGCCAACCAGAAACCAAAUAAAUUCACCAAGAUUCUACGCAUAUUCACCUAUAGCAUAUUCACCAAUAGCAUAUUUACCGAGAAAUCAACUGUAUUCGCCAAGAGACCAAGCAUAUCCGCCAAAGCACAGACCAUAUUCUCCAAGAAAUCCAGCAUAUUCACCAAGAGACCAAGCAUAUUUUCCAGGAAACCAAGCAUACUAUCCAAUUGAGAAAGCAUAUCCGCCAAAGCACAGACCAUAUUCUCCAAGAAAUCCAGCAUAUUUACCAAGAGAUCAAGCAGAUUCACCAAUAAAUAUAGCAUAUUCACCAAGAGACCAAGCAUAUUCUCCAGGAAACCAAGCAUACUAUCCAAUUGAGCAAGCAUAUCCACCAAAGCACAGACCAUAUUCUCCAAGAAAUCCAGUAUAUCCGCCCAAGCACAGACCAUAUUCUCCAAGAAAUCCAGCAUAUUUACCAAGAGACCAAGCAUAUUCACCAGUAGAUGGUAAAGAUACACCAAGAAGCCAAGCGUAUUCGCCAAGAGAUCAAGCUUUGGUACCAAGAGUUCCCGGAAAAUAGAAAAAGUUCCGGGAGACCAAUUGAUAAGAACAGUUUAUUUUUACAAAAACAAUAAAUACGUUUUAUAUGAUGUAGUAUUCUAUACAUAAACUAAAUAUUAAUUAAUGUCAUUUAUAACUUUUUUAAAAUUUCAACUCUUCUUGUAGAUGUUCUUAUCGAACAGUGGAAAUGAUACGUAAUUUGCCUUCUGAAGAAGAAGGACGAAAAAAAAAUAUUGAAAGAAGUAGUAAAAUAUCUAAUGGUGUAUAUUACUGACUGGAUAUUUUGUAUUACGAAGAAUUCUUUGCAAUAAUAAAUUCAUUAUGCAAGUAUA